AAAGACGUCGAAGAAGACGAAAGUGACGUACUUCCUUCAGCCAAGCAGCGGCUCCUUCUGUUGGUGUACUUGGAGAAUAAAAGAGGCUAACUGUAACUUGCGUCUUUGAAGCCAGGCAACUUUGACAGCGUGUGAGCUCGGCGAUAGUAAAGUGCGAAGUGACUCACUAAAUCUGGUUCAAGAGAAAAAAAGGCGUAAGAGUUUCUCAGGUUAAGGUGCGUCUGAAGAUAUGGCCAAGGUACAAGUGUUAAAUGUUGCUGUGUUGGAUAACCCCAGCCCGUUUGGAAACCCGUUUCAGUUCGAAAUAACGUUUGAAUGCAUGGAGGACUUGCCGGAAGACCUGGAAUGGAAGAUCAUUUAUGUGGGUUCAGCUGAGAGCGAGGAGUACGACCAGGUUUUGGACUCUGUUUUAGUGGGCCCUGUACCAGCUGGCAGACACAUGUUUGUGUUUCAGGCUGACGCUCCUAACACAGGGCUGAUUCCAGAAAGCGAUGCUGUAGGAGUGACCGUAGUCCUUAUAACCUGCACCUACCGUGGACAGGAGUUCAUCCGCAUUGGUUACUAUGUCAACAAUGAAUACACGGACCCUGAACUGCGAGAAAACCCACCUCUCAAACCAGAUUACUCUCAGCUCCAGAGGAAUAUUUUGGCCUCAAAUCCUCGUGUCACCCGUUUUCAUAUCAACUGGGAGGGCUUGGCAGACAAGAUGGAAGACAGUGAGAAUGUUGAUCCGUCCCCCAACAUCAGUGGCAUGCUCCCUCCAUCCUGUAUACCAGGAAAGAUGCCACAUCUAGGAGUGAUGCCAGAUAACUCCAUGGACUGCAUGUAAGAGGCAUCAGAUUAAUGCAAUGGAUAAGGAGCCCUUCUUAUCUAUACACACCCACAUUGCAAACACACAUUUAUACAAGGAGGCCAUGGAUGUUUCUGUAUAACAUGUGGACUUUAACAGAAAGCACAGGACACCACAGUAUAGACAUUAUCUUUUUAUGAAGCACUCAAAAAUGGGAUUGGUCUGGCAUGGUUACCACCUCUGGUUCCUCCUCUUUACGCACUUCCUUUCAAAACACACACACACACACAGGUGUGCACAGUCAGAUUUGCCUUAAUUUAUUGUAUUUCUGUAUAAGAUUAUAUUUUAUGCCUGGCUGAAAGAAGUGCAGAUCAUCAGUGCUGGGCCAGGUCACUUCAACAGACCUGAAACGUGUGGGGAAAAACUCGAGAUUCUGAUACCCAUGCUGUUCAUUUUGUCCUUUUCUGCACAGAUCAACUAGUGCUAUGCGAUGGGAAGGAUAUAGCACCUAGCUGCUUGUAGUAGAGCACUUCAUUCUUUGUAAGAUUUGUCUCUUGUGACACCUACUGGGGGGAGGGAAUUGGGUUUGAAUUAUGGGCCAUGUUUAUGAUAUUGUGGCAUCAAGUGGCUUUAUUCGCAUUAACAUGUUUUGCCCCAGGGUUAUCUAGAUUACUCGGUAAACCUGCUUCUGUGAAUAGGCAACAGUUCACCUACUGUUACAUAAAACGCCUAUAUGAGCAAAACAUGUAGGUAAUGAUGGAUGCCAAAUUGCAUUGUGUGUAUGUGUGUGUGUGUGUGUGUGUGUGUGGAUGAUUUAGGCUUACUGUAAAUAAUGUUUUCCUUGUUCUUAUUUUGUCUUCAAAACAAGAAGGCAGGUUUUCAUUUUGUACUUACUAUAUAUUCUCAGCUUCAGUAUUUGUAACAACAGUGAUGGGGUUAAUAAAGUUUUUUUUUUUUUUGUUGA